AUGGCGUAUAUUUUGGAUGAUAUAUCUGAUAGUUACUGUAAGGUGGACGCAAUCUACGACUCGGAAGUAUCAUCAACUCACGAUCUUCGAACUUUCUUGUUCGAUUUUGAAGUUGUCUACACAAGAAUCCCUGAGCCAGAAAGUGAUGGAGAAGAAGACUACAUGUCCGAUAAUGUCGAAACAAGAAUCACACAUCAACGUCAAGAAUAUGGUCGAGACUUGUUUAUCGGUCAAGAUGAUGAACAGAUCAAAGGCACAGUCUGCGAGAUUCUCUAUGCGAUUCGUGUUCCUGCAUAUCGAGGUAUCGUGAAAACAUUCACCGAAGAAAUCGAACGCAUAACGAAAUCACCUCUGGAGAAGUUAAAGAAGAUUAAAGUGAAGAUCGAUGUUGUUGCGAACAUGUUUCUUGAAGAUGAGAUCGGUGUUGAAGGAUCGAAUGCCAAGUAUUUGGUGGCUGGACAAGCGAGUGUCUCAGGGAUCGAGCAACACUUGGCUUGGAAGUGGCUCGAGGAAACCGGAGUUUGUCCAUCGUGUCGUGAUGUGUUUCCGGUUUAA